ACUUUUGUAAGCUUGUAUUCCACAUAAGAGCAAAUAAAUCGAGCUCUUAAAAAAAUUAUUUUUCAUCGCUUAGAAAAGCAAAAAUAUUAAUUUCAAGAGUUUAUUGUUCAUGUUAAUAUCCUUCAUUAAACAGAAAAAAUGAAGCGCGUCCAGCCAACGGUUGUUCAUUCUCAGUCACAACAUACAGUACGUCGCAUGAUCCAACAGCGCGACAACACACAAAUGAGUGCUGUUAACAAAAUCAACAAUCUGCCAAGUGUUUCAGUGUCAACACAACCAAGAUAUGUCCGUCAAACGAUUUAUUCAGGCGUGAACGCUCACAAAUGCUUCAUUUGUGAUGAAAAUAUCCUUGGACAGGCAACAAACCUUACAGAAUCUGAAACGAUUACGUCUCGUGAAAAAGUAACGAAGAAGUUAGCUAAAAUGGUUGGCGAUGACUUUUGUGUUAUCGUGUCAGAGGAGGAUAAAAUUUGUAGACGCUGCAUUACUCUCUUCAACACCAUGGAUAAAUAUGAGUUUGAUUUAGAGAAUGUAAAGUCACGAUUGCGAACAUUUAUUAAAAAAAAAUAUGGAAUUGACGACGAAGAGCCGCCAUUGAAGAUACAAAAGCUCAAUAGUGGCAGUCCUAGCUAUAACCGUUGGCAAAACAAUACAGAGAAGACAACUGCCGUUGCAGCUGAGAAUCAGUUAAAAAAUCUAUCAUCUAGCAAUGUUUCUCCUGCAGCUCGGCGUGGCACUGGUCCUGUUAAACUCUACAAGUGCAUUGCAUGCGAUUUUAAAACAACAGAUUUGAGUCAAUUCCAACCGCACUCAAACGAAUGUAAAGGGCAAUCAAACAAAACUCAAUCGACUCUUCAAAAUCGAAUUGUAAGACAAGCCUACAACAGUCCGACGCAAAAACAAAAUCAAAACGCCACAGAAAAGCAACAACAAAAAGUCGGUGGUACAACAAUUGUUCGUAACAAUAUUCCACAGUCACAGAUUCAAUGUCGCAUCUGUGCUUUUAAGACAACAGAUCGAGCUCUGUUCCAAGAACAUCAGCGAAACCAUAUGAAGAAUCGACCUUUCAAAUGUCGAAUGUGUUUAGAACGUUUCGAGACACGUGAAGCAGCACAGAUUCAUGCAAAAAUUCAUCAGACUAACACAACUGGGCAAACAUCUUGGCAGUGUAGUGUCUGCACACGUCAAUUCAGUAAACGAGACCUCUUCGAGGCUCAUAUGAAGACACACGAAAAGUUCAAAACCAUUUCGCAACAAGAGGUCAUCGUUAUGAAUAAGAAUGAUAAAAAUACUGCAACUAUUCAAAAACCACUGACAGAUAUAAUCAAGGAAGCUCUUAGUGAAGAUGAUCAGGACACUGUUAAUGAGCUCAUUGAAUUCCAUUCAUGUAAUUUGUGCUCAUUAACAUUCGUCAAUAAGAAGCUUUAUGCUCAGCAUAUGAAGACACAUGAUAAGUCAAAUGAAGGUGCUCGAACAACAUACACCAAAACAAAACAACAAGAUACACUUGGCGAUCUCGAAAGUAUUUUCGAGAAGAUGCAUUCAGAAAAUGUUCAUCAUACAGUUGCGUCGAAUGGAGGCUUAAGCGAUAAAAAUGUAUUAAUAACAACACAAGAAGGUGGAAUUACUUAUAACAUUACAAUUCCACAAGAUGAUGUUCCGGAAGUUGUUGAAGUUGAUGAAGAGCAAAAACAAAAUGUUCGCAUUGAUAUGCCAAAUCUCGAUGACCCCAAUGAAGCGCAAGAGAAGACGGAUGUGCAUGUUAGCAUGCCAAGUUUAAGUGCUGAUGAUGAAGAGAAUACACAAAGCAGUCAAGAGCAAACUGAAGUUCAAGGAACUGAAAAUAGUGGCGCAAUUCCAAUGGAGCUUGAAGAUUUACAAAAUGCAUCUGGUAAUGGGCAACAAUUGAAGUUCAUUGUCGAUGAGAACGGUCAAUUUUUGCAAUUGGAUAAUCAUAUUUUAACGACCGAUGCUGAAGGAAAUCAAAUUCUUGUACAAGGGACCGAUCAAGAACAAUUGCAGCAUCUGCUUCAAAGUGUUGGUGUUGAUGGAAAUCAAGUUCUCGUUCAGUUGCAAGGAAAUGGUGAAGGAAUUGAUGGAGAAGGCACAACACUUCAGAUGCUUGGCGAUGGUAAUCAAGGUCAGAUGAUUCUUGUUCAAGGCGCUGAUGGAGAAAGUCAAUUAAUUGAUGCAUCGAUGCUUCAAACUGAAGGGGGAAAUUUAGUGUUGCAACAAGAUGCCGAUGGUGAAACACAUCUUACAACAGCUGAUGGUAUUCCCGUAUCAGUUUCAUUUACAGGCGAAGGUGGCGAUGGACAAAUAACAGUGACUAUGGCUUCAGCAGGACAGGAAGGAGAAGGCCAACAAAUUUUUAUUCAACAACCAAUGGAACUUGGCGAGGAUCAAGAAUCUGAAACACCAGCAGAAUUUUCUUCUCAAAAUCAAGAAGAAACGACACAACAAACAAACACUGCUGAUCCUUUAGCUGAACAGUCACAAGAUGAUCAAUCUGAAGCAACUUCCAAUGCUAAAGUGACAUCAACAACAGAGGAAUCUAAGAAAACACCUACAAAAGAUGAUGACGCUACUAAUAAGGAAUCAUCGCAAGUUGACGAAGUGAAAGGAGAAGAUUAUAAAACCGAUGUAAAAGAUUCAAAGCAAGAUGAAAAAGGAGAAGAAGUAGAAAAGGUAAAAUUAUGA